AUGGCUGAUUUCACUGAAUAUGGCGUACCUAGCGCCGAAUGGCUUGCUUUGGUGCCUUCCCUGCCCCAAAUCCCCGAUCUCACGGCAGAGCAACUGAGGGAUCUUAGCAAUGAGACUCGUGAGAAGACCUCAGCUAAGGCCAUGGUUGAGGAAGGUUUAAGUUCCAAAGUUCAGAUUCACGACUACACAGUUUCUAGCCGUGAUGGAGCGACAUUGGAAGCCCGGACUUACCGUCCUGCUGGUAUCCCCAUUUCGCAACCCCUUCCAUUGUAUAUCCAUCUCCACGGAGGAGGCUAUCUCUUUGGGACCCUCUCCUCCGAAGAUGCGAUCUGCUCGCGCAUCGUCGUAUCGAAUCAAGAAAAAGGCACCCCCGUUGCCGUUUUUCAGGUGAACUAUCGCCAUACUCCGGUGCAUAAGUACCCGACCGCCUGGAAUGAUGUUGAAGAUGCCUUCAUUUGGGUUCACGAGCACAUAACUGAGAUAGGUGCCUUCGCUGACCAAAUCGUUGUGGGUGGAAUAUCGGCCGGUGGCCAGUUAUCAGCAUCUUUGGCACUUGCCCAGCUAUAUGGAGAGAACAAACGCCUUGCAACUCUUCCCAAACUCAGAGGUCAAAUUUUGAUGAUCCCCUGUCUCACGUUCGCUCCUUACUAUGAGCCACGCACAUCAAUGCUCAGGAGUCCGGAACUGUCAAGUCUGGUACAAUGUAUUGAGGCGCCAAUUCUGCCCGUGAGCCGUCUUCAAUUUUUCGGGGACUUGCUUGGAUUGGAGGGCACAGAUGGUGCUGGUCGCGAUAUCCGGAUGAAUCCUGGCAAUGCCACCGCGGACGAAGUCAAGAAUCUACCUCCCACGGUAUUUGGAAUUGCUGGCUUAGAUCCCCUUCGGGAUGAAGGGCUUUUCUAUGCCAAGCUGCUUAGUGAAAAUGGGGUGCCCACUGAUACUACGAUCUACCGUGGUGUCCCUCAUGGGUUCCGUCGGUAUGGAAACAGUUUAGAGCGAGCAUCUAAGUUAUGGGAUGAAACUGUUAGUAAUGGGAUAACCUGGGCAUUGAGUAACCCCCCAGCCAAUGCUUUCGAAAUCAAGACCGAUUAA